AUGUAUGUUUUAUUGCCAUGCUUUGGAGUGGGGAGUAGCAGCGGAGUGACGAGGGUUCGAAACCUGACAGAAGGGCCUGUGGAAGUACAAAUCCGAGUGGGUUCCGCGCUCGGGAAGGCUUACAGAGUGGAGGCUGGAUGCGCUAAGACGCUGAAGCGCAGUAAGAUACGCGACCACUAUUCCCGGCGAGGAGAAACUGCCGCUCUUUUCCAUGGAAAUGGUGAACCUUAUGUCUGGAUUCACAGUUCCAAGGCUAACUGGGCCACUGCCAAGAAACAGUAUCUCACUCUUGACGACCUCAGAACUUGCAAUGAAGUUAAAAUUUGUAGUGAUUCUGGGAAAGGAGCUUUUACUGUGCUCAAAAUAUCCAGAUCAAAAGCAUAUUAG